AUGCUCAACCUGUCCCACUAUUUGCUCUCCUCCUCCCUCCAAACCGCCACCUUCCACGUCACCACCUCCGUCUCCCUCAUUGCCGUCAUCCUCUCCCCCACUGCCGCCACCUCCGUCUCCCUCAUUGCCGUUAUCCUCUCCGCCACCGACACCGCCACAGCCUCACAAACGCUCUCCACCACCGUUAAUAACAGUCAUUCAACCGCCACCACCACGAUUUUACUAUUUUACGUCCACACCUCCACCUCCACCGCUUUCUUCUAA